AAUCAAUAUGAUUUCCAAACUUCACGGAGGACUCAUCUUCAACGGAGAUGAAGAGAAGCUCUCACCCUCAAAGGAAGAGACCAAGACCAUGGAGGAAGAGAAGGUCUCAAAGGAUGACCUAAAUGCUAGAUUCUGCCCAAGGACAUCAGAUCUCUCCCUAGAUGAAAGAUAUAACCUCUGCGCUUCUGUGGGAGAAGAGAUCGUCAAAGAAGAAGGACUUAGAGAACUCCUUAAGAAGAAAGACAACUUCAUCUGUUAUGAUGGAUUCGAACCUUCUGGAAGAAUGCAUAUUGCACAAGGACUCUUGAAAGCUAUUAAUGUAAACAAGAUUACCAAAGCUGGAGGAAUCUUUGUCUUCUGGGUUGCAGACUGGUUUGCUAUGCUUAACAUGAAAAUGGGAGGAGACCUUGAGAAGAUUAGGGACCUCGGAAGAUACUUCAUUGAAAUCUGGAAAGCAUCUGGUAUGAACCUCGAAAACGUCAAAUUCCUUUGGUGAUCCGAUGAAAUUAAUAAGAGAGCAGAUGAAUACUGGGCAAUGGUAAUGGAUAUUUCUACUAGAUUCACUCUUAACAGAAUCAAAAAGUGUACUCAAAUCAUGGGAAGAGAUGAUGAAUAUGAACUCUCUGCCUCACAAAUCUUUUAUCCAUGCAUGCAAGCCACAGAUAUUUUCUUCCUGAAAGCAGAUGUAUGCCAGCUUGGAACGGACCAGAGAAAGGUAAACAUGCUUGCUGUUGAAUAUGCUGAGAAAGCUGGACUUGAAAAGCCAGUUAUCAUCUCUCAUCCAAUGCUCAUGGGAUUGAAAAAGGGUCAAGCAAAGAUGUCUAAAUCUGACCCAGACUCAGCCAUCUUCAUGGAGGAUACUGCUAAAGACGUCAAGAGAAAAAUCAAGAAAGCAUUCUGUGAUCCAGGAGAUGUUGAAACUAACCCAAUUCUGAAUUACUAUGAACAUAUCCUAUUCGCCUUGAAAGACUCAUGGACCCUUCACAGACCAGAAGAAUGGGGAGGUGACAUCACCUACAACAGCUACGCCGAACUAAAACAAGACUACGCUGAUCUCAAGAUAAACCCCGAGGACAUCAAAGAGAACCUAACUGACUUCCUAAACGAACUCCUUGAGCCAGUCAGAAAGCACUUCAUCGAUAACGAAUAUGCCAGAAACUUACUCGAAAAGGUCAAGGAAUAUAGAAAAUAACUUAUCCAAUAAAUUUGCAGCUA